UCGCGAGUGCGGGGGAGCCCGGGGAGCGCGGCCCGCCGGGGCCUGCUGCGCCGCAUGGGCGCGGCGGCCUGGAGAGGCCAGGACAGUGCUUGGCCCCGGAGAUAACCUCAGAGGCCGAGACGCAGCCCAGCUUGGGGCGUCAGGGGUCCCUGGAAAGCAGUUGGGGACACAGGGCACAGGAGACAAGGGGGUGGAAGACAGGGCACGUGGUCCUGUAGGCCUUGUGUUUUGAGUGACGUGAGAGGGCACUGGAGUUCGACCAAAAAUGGGACAUCUUAGGUGACCAGACAAGCCAAGAUUGUGGCUAAGACCCCGGAGGUGGUGUGGAAGGUUUAGGUGUGGGGCGCAAAGAACGAGGAAUCAAGGGGGCUCCCCACUGGGUGGAUGUGGUGAAGGUUGCUUCUGUGGAGAAAUGGGGGUCAGUGAUUUGUUGGGAAAAUUCAGAGGACUCUUUGGACCUGUGAACUUGAAGGUGGAGGUGUGUGAACUUGAAGAUGGUUAUUAGAAUUCUGAAGGGAGUUGUUAGAUGUUAUCUGGGCAACUUAGAUCUAGGAAUCUGGCAUUGAAGGGAGAUCAGAACUGAACGUAUAACUUCUUGAAUGAACUGCGUAAAACUUAAGUAGUGUUUAAAGCCUGGCUGACAUCUUGGAGCAAGUCAGAAAAACUACUGAAAAAGUCCUAGAAUUCAGACCUGGGACCUGAGGAACGCUCUUACCGUUUAGAAUAUGGGAAGUGAAAAGGAAGAGAUCAGCAAAAACUGGGAAGGAGGAGGAGGAAAACCAGGUGUCCUAGAAGUCAGGCGGAGAGAAUUUUCAGAGAGAAUGAUUAACUUUGUUAAAUCCUACUGAGAAGUUGAGUAGGACCAUCAGCUUUGCAAACGCUUUGCAGCUAAGCAGCACAAGGGCCAGGACUAUGGCUGUUUUCUUUCACCGCCACAGCUCCUGCCCUUAGAGUAUUGCGUGCCAUUUGAAUAUCAGCACCGUAAUGGCCAUAGCUGGAAUAAUGUUACUUCUAAGAAGUAUUCGGAUGACAUCAAAAUUUACGAGUUCUUCAGAUAUUCCAGUAGAAUUUAUAAGAAAGAAUGUUAAACUACGUGGACGAUUGCGCCGAAUAACUGAGAAUGGUUUAGAAAUUGAGCAUGUUCCCAUCACUUUACCUAUUAUAACUUCAUGGAAAAAAGAGCCGUGUGGUGUUUUGCUGGUUAAGCUGGCAGGAGUAGAACUCACUGAAACCGGAAAGGUGUGGUUACAAAAAGAAUUAAAACCUUCCCAACUGCUGUGGUUUCAACUUCUUGCAAAGGAGAAUUCAGCACUUACUUGCUAUCUUCUAGUGAAUAAGGGUAGAUAUUUUAGUGUGAGUCUGAAUGAAGAAAUUUUGAGAAGAGGCCUUGGCAAAACUGUUCUUGUUAAAGGGCUAGAUUAUGAUUCUAAAAUCUAUUGGACAAUUCACAGAAACUUACUUAAAGCUGAAUUAACAGCCUUAAAAAAAGGCGAAGGAAUAUGGAAGGAAGAAUAUGAAAAAGAAAGUUAUUUGGAAAAAUUCAAAGGCUCCUGGAGAGAAAUAUGGAAAAAAGACAGUUAUUUUAAAAAAAUUGGAUCAGAUUUCAAUUUGAGAAAAGAAAGUUAUUAUGACAAAUUUAGAAGGACUUAUGAAACAUGGAAAGACAACAUAAAUAACUACUCCUUAAUACUGAAGUUCAGAGAACUUAUGAAUCGCAUAUAUUUUCGUAGAAAAGGGUGAAAUAUUCUAAGAGAUCUGGAGGUGACCUACUCAGAAAAGAGUAAACUAUGUAAAUAUAUGGAUGAUUUUCAUUGAGUUGAAAUGGAAAUUCCUCCAAAUGAUCAAAGUUGCAUUCUAAUGGUAUUUAAAUAUUUAAGAGAUGAUUAUUUUAAAUGUCAUAUCAAAAUAACUUAAGCAAAUUGUGAUUAAUAUAAUACGCUUUUAGGAAAAAUGAAAUACUUUAGUUACCAGGAUGAAGGAUGUAUACCUGUAAUGUUAAUAUUUGAAGACAGAGUUUAACUUUUGGACACUGUUUAUUUUAGUCAUUUGGGGCAGCCAUAUUUAAUUUUUGUUCAAAGAGAAUAUUUGUUUACUUUUCCAGUUUUAUCAACUUGAUUACUUAUAAUAAAGGAACUCUUUAUGCAUCA